UGUUAAUUUGUAGACAUGUCCCUACCAGUGAUGGGGUUGUGUCCUGACAGCAGGAGGACAUUAAAUUUCUGUAGUUUUAUGAAGAAAAGUCCAAACACUACAAUGUUGGACAAAGGGGGAGUCACCGUCUACUCCAGCAGCAAUGGCUGCACAGCUGAUCCAAUGAUCCAUAGUGAGCAAAAAUUCCAUUCAUACUUUUCCCAGACUCCACAUUUCCAUGAAAGAAAAUUUAUUCCAUCAUUAACAUCUGUACUCAUCGGUGGAUUUUUGGGUAGCAAGAGUCAAGUGCGACCCUCCAAUCCUCUAAUCUUUUGGGAUAUUGUACGAACAACUGUUGGAGCUGCCACUGAGUGCUUAAAACAGCAUUGUGAUUUUAGUUCAGCACCAUCACCACCCAAGAAGAAGUUUGCGAAAGAAGAAGGCCUUGCAAACUUAGCCAUAGUUGACUUCCAAGAUUUUCCCUGUGUUGUUGAUAAGCAAAAAUCAGAAGUUAGCCUUGCCGAAGGCCCCAAGCAAUCUUACGCUGAAGUGGCACGAGCACCUAGUUCUAAGCCUAGCCGAGCUAACAUAUCCAACCACACGUCAGAUCCAAGAGAUUUGACUGCGGUUAGACCUAGAAGAAGAGGGAACCGUCGUAGAUCCCAUUCAUCUGAUCAUAAGAACAGUCGAAAGCGCGCAAGUAGACAGCAAGCAUCUAACAGUGACAGCUUAUUGUCUCCUAUCUCAGAGUCCCAAUCUGAGGAUUUGAAAGAUUUGAGGCUGGAUCAACAAAAGGAAAAGCAACAUUUCAGUCAUCUCAAGACUGACCAUAAUAAUAGGAAUUGCAUUAAGUCAAAUAGAAGACCAAGCUCUGAGCAAAGAGAGCAGUGUCAGAAAGAAAAGCAACAGAGUCACCAUCGUCCUAAACGCCAUAUGCAAUCCCGUUCUCAUUGUGAAAAGCGUGGUGCUGGAGCUAGAAAUUUUAACUGUGAUAUUGAUAAAAUUAAUUGGAGAACUGGUGAACCUAUUGUUGAUAAGAUGGGCUCCCAACAUAAUGUGGACAUGGAUACUGAUGAAUUAGCCUCUGAGAAGCAAUAUAAUGAGAGCUGUACCAGUACCCAAAGUAAUGCUGAUUGCAAUGGUGAGCUUAGGAAGUUAUCUGUCUCUCCAGCUAAAGUUUUCAUAGCACCUAGCUAUGGAGGAAUUCUUGGAGGGAUUCCAAUCUGUAGACUGCGUCGUUCAUCUGAAUGUUCAGUUGAUAGUGAAGAUAGUUUCAUUGUCUUCCAAACUGGAGCAACAUCCGAUGAUACUCUGUCUGACCUGACAAGUGAUUAUAGUGACUCAGAUACUUAUGAGAGUGAUUCUUCUGAAGAGGAUGAUCUAUGCGAUGGACUAAGCCCGACCUCAUUACGGCUCAGAGAAGUUAAUGACCUGUGGCGAAGAGACUAUCAAGUUGGAGCAGGCUCUAAUAAUGCUUUGCAAUGGGAAGAUGAUGAUGUAGAAGUCAAAAAGGUGCGCUUUAGUGAUUCAAAACCAACCAUCCAUAGAAUGUUAACCUGGGACUUUGCGUACCGUUCAGCAAGACUUGGACCUUGGGAACAGAUGGUUCGGGAUCGGGACCGUUUCAAAACUCGAAUACAACUUUGUGAAAGUACAAUAUCUCCAGUUCUAAAUUGUGACCAUAGGAACAAGAUUUGGAAGAAACUCCACUCUCAAGAAAUGUGAUUUUAAGUGUAAGUCAUCCAUCAAACUAGGUUCUGCAGUGAUAUGAUCAAGAGUAAUAUGCUUCAAAGCUGAAACAGAUUAAAUUUUGCUCUUAUGAAUUGAAACUAUUGUUAAUCAAUUGAGAUUAACUUCUUCUAAACUGUCAGUGGCAUUUUUAUUUUGUUUCCUUAUGGUUCAUAUUUUAGUGGUGAUGCAUUUUUUUUAUUACUUCUUUCUUAUCAGAAAAUUAUUUUCCCGAUCCAGCUCUCUAACAAGCAAAGGUCACACUUAAAUAUGUCUUACUUGUCCUGCGUCAAGUUAUCGUUCAAACAUGAAUGGAAAAACAAAUCUUUGUCUUUCAUGUGAGCUAUAGGUUUUCAGGCUGUGUCUUAUCUGUAGUUUAGUGUGAAGGCCAAAAAUUUAGCCCUCAAAGCUUUUUCUUUUUUUUGUGAAAUUACUAGUACUGUUGAAUUCUCAUGUAAUUUUAUAAAUUGUACACUGGUCAAAUCAUAAAACUGACCCAAAACAUAUUUUCACAUCUUAAUUGUUAUAUUUGGAUUCAAAAAAACCAAAAGAAAACACAUUUGUUAUUUAAUGUAUGCAAAUUGUACAUUUUUAUUUUCUCCAACAAUUUUGUUGUUUGAGUUACCAGUUGCAACAUUAAUUAGUCAAUACUGAACUGAGAAGGUGAAUUAACUGUACUUUAGUUGCAAUUUAAUGUCUUUGUAGGUAUAUUCAUGGAUCCAGGUAUUCCCUUGUGUUUUAGUUUUAUCAUGAAAGUCCACUCGUUUGUUUUUUAAAUUUCACUGUCAAAGUUAACUCUGUCAUUCUGCUUGAAAACAAUAUUGUUUGCUUUAAUAUAAGAAUUUUUAUGGUAGUCUGAAGCAUUUUUGCAGUUCAACCCAUUAGAAAAAACAACCAACCAACCAAAUAAAACAACUAAGUUUUGAUGUUAAAAUUGAUCAUUUUCAUGCAUUUUGAUGGAGUACCUUCAAGGGAGGCCAACUCAUGGUUACUGCUUUGGGUUCUUUAGUUCUUGACCAUUCUUUUGUAACUGCUGUGCAGAUUCAUUAUAAUAUAUCUAAAUAUAUAUCUAUAUAUGUACCUGUUUUAUUAAGCGUACGGAAAUGGGGAAAUCUUUUAGUGUUAAUAAAGUGUGUUUUCCGUGUA